UCUAAAAUAUAAACAAAUGUCAAAGAGCCCUGCAUGGCAUGACCUGCCGUUCUUGAUUUCUUUGACGGAUGAUAAACAGGUUGUAAGCAAAAGCAAAAAAAUAUGUGUAGACAUAAUUCGGCGUAAUAAUAGUCUUUGGUCGGAGAUUUAGUGCGGAAGUCGAGCGGAUCGCGUAAAUUUUCCUAUGAAAACGCUAGUGUGUUAGCUCGGGCGGAAGGAUUGACAAACGAGUGUCCUUGAUCGAUCACAUACAGGGCGGUUCCGAUUGUAUACAUCGGAGAAACCCACACAAUGGAUUUGGUGGACAUUGACAAGGUGUUGGAUGAUCUAGAGCUGAAUGAAGACGAUGGCAAUAGUGCCGCUGUUACAAAGACAUCAGACGCAAAGUCGAGUGCCCGAGAACCGGGUGUCUCGGUAAAUGGCACGUCGGAGCAGGCAUCGGUGGGAUCGGCCACAGUGUCGCAGGAAAAGUUAAAGUUUAAGGCCAACGUAGUUAAUGUGUCAACAGUGUUUUCCAGUCUUAACGAGUACGUGAACGCGGGCGGUACGGAAUUGGGUGGUGCGAAGCAUGCAAUCCUAAAUGACAUUCACGACCUGGGCAUACCGAGCGAAAGAAAGCCACUGUUGACACCUCCGUCGACAUCGUCGAUUUCGUCCGACGUAAAAACGUCGUCGGCGGCAGCUACGUCAUCCUCUGUUCCAACUUCUCCGCAGCAUGUCGAGUCCUCACCGACGACAUCACCCGAUUCGUCCGCUUCGUCGGUGUCGUGCUGUUCCUCGCGAGUAGCCUCAUCGUCAGCAUCCUCUUCCGCACAUUCCUCUUCGAGGUCAUCGUCAUCGGCAUCGUCGUCCGGGUCCAGCAGCGAUGGCGAGGAGGCUGACAAGCAGGAUGCUAAAGGCGAACGUGCCCUUGGCCAUGGGCAUGAAAAACUUCCCGAGGAACUGUCCUCACUAAGCGCCGAGGAUUACGUUCUGGACACGUCCUCGAUGACCACGUUGGCUACCACCAACGAAGGAGGCGCACGGAAGGGAACGACAGCGCCCGAUGCCCAGGAUACGUCAGCAUUUUCCUACAAGAAUAGUCUGUACUCGGAUACGCUGAGCAAUGAUGUGAUAAACCUGGAAGGAAUCUCUUCCAUCUCCUCCAUCGUAGCCGUUGACCUCACGAAGAGUGGCCAAGCACCGUUGGUGCGUGAGGCGAAUGGGCUUGUGGAGGGUGCCCCUGUGGCGAAGGACGAGAUAGAAACGACGGCACAGGACGACGUGGAACGGGCGGGAAAGCCGCAAGAUGCGGACGAUGAACGUAAACCGGUGGUCGGAUUCGAAUCGACGAUGGACGAUGUGUCCGACACGGAGCUGGAGAGUUACUUGCAAGAGUUGGAAGAGUUCGAUUUCCGUAGUGUGAAUGUUGAAACGACGGUACCACCGAAACCGGACGCAGAUUCGGUCACGAUGCCGGACCCGGCAGUACAAUCCCAGCCGGAAGUUGAGGGUGUGGCUGUAGAGAUGGUGGUAAACAGCUCGACGAUCGUGAAGGAUCGUGCCGAUGAAAACAGUAUCGACAGUCGUAGCGAUGAUGAGAUCAGUCCCAGUUCGUCCCGGGGAGAAAAUGAGGACGAUCUAAUAUCGCAAGCAUCUACGCUGGAGUUUAACGAUUUGGCAAUGGGAGCGACUGCGGCAGUGGCGGCGACCACACCACUCCCAGCAGCAGUCGGACCGGUAGUAGUGGAACCGUCGGAAGGAGCACUUGCAAUGGGUUCCGAACUGGACAUUCCCAUUCCGGCCGAUACCGAGGUUUCGGGCGACUUUCCAUUGGACGAAGAUGGAAGUGAGAUCAAGUUUAUCGACUGUACCGAAACGGAGUCGGAACGACGUCUAAUGGACUCGCCGGAAGAUGAAAUUCACCGGAUGAGCCUAUCACAUCCCGAGAGACCCACGUCCCUGGAGUUGGGAAAUGGCGUGGUGAGCGAAAGUGGUUUGGUGGAUAGUAACAUUCCGUCCUCACCGGGUCAUACGCCUCCCUCGUCGCGGAUUAUUGUUCCCGACCAGGGACUCACGUUAUCUUCCACCAGUUCGGAUGAUUUCGGUGCCUCAGUUGAAGGUAGAGCGGCAUCACACGGUGGCAUGGUGGAGGAAGGUUCACGAUUGGCUAUUGCCGAUCCGAUUCAAUCGCCCAUUGCCGCUCCCAUGUCGGUAACACCGCUGCUCAGCCCAGCCCAGGCACAGCUCGGCAAGAUACAACCGUUCUGGAUGCCGGACAACUCAACCAAAUUUUGCAUGCAAUGUAACCAAAAGUUUUCCGUCAUCAAAAGACGUCACCAUUGCCGGGCUUGUGGUCAGGUGCUCUGUUCGUCCUGUUGCUGUCUGAAGGCAAAGUUGGAAUACUUGGGCGACGUUGAGGCACGUAUCUGUAUCGAGUGUGAUGUGAUACUGAGCAUUCAGCAGCAACAGGCCAUGGAGGCGGAUCAGCAUCAGAUGGCCGCCCUGCAGAGUGGAGACGGUCGAAGCAUCGGGGCGUCCGCAGGUGCCAGUAGUCAAAGACAGCCGAAUCCAAAUAAUCCGAUGGAAUAUUGCUCGGUCAUUCCACCGCUGCAGCAGGCCGCCAGCAAUCAGCCACAGUCUCCCAUCUCGGUGAUGGUCCCGGUUGGUGUGUUGAAGCGUGCUGGAGCUCCACGGAACAUGCGCAAAGAUAAGAACGUUAUCUUCAGUGACGGCAUUCGACCCGGGUGCGAUUUGACCGAACUUGACCAGAACUGGGAUGCGGUACCGACGCGCACUUCGCCACCAAGAUCUCGUAAGCUGCGCGUCCAAACGCCGCCCGGUGUGGACGAGGACGCAAGUGCCGUUCCACGUGCCGGAGGACAGCUGACGUCCUUGAUACCGCCGGAAGAGAACAAACUGCCGCCGGUGUUGAAGCGCAUCAGCCCUACCGAGAGUAAGCUGGUCGAGAUCGAAAAUGAUGCAUCGCUGUUGGAAGGAUUGCGCGAGGUGACACUCACGUUUGCGAUACAGAAGAACUUUCACGUGCUGGUGACGGUGGUGGAUUUGGCGUGCUGCAUCAAUCGGACAGUGAUCAACUUCACCACGCGUGGGUUGCAUUACGUCGGGCAGGACGAGAUCAUCAUACUGCUCGUGUUGGGUGAUUCGCGCGUACUUCCGAAGGACAUCUUUGUCCAUUUGAACGAGAUCUACUGUGAAGCGGAUCGGGGUCACAUUAUUACGGAGCUUGGAUUUUCGCCUGCACGAUCGAACAAUUUUCUCGGGUCAAAGAAUCAUGGAGGGUUUCUGUAUGUGCGGCCCACAUACCAAUGUAUGAAGGCGGUGAUCGCACCUGAAGCGCCGUACUUGAUCGGAAUUUUGAUCCAUCGCUGGGAGGUACCGUGGGCUAAAAUACUGCCCCUGCGGUUGAUGUUACGCCUCGGUGCACUAUACCAGUACUAUCCGUGUCCGCAUGUGAGUGAACGCGAGCGAGAAUCGGUGUACGUGGAGAUUGCCCAAACGAUAGUGAAUCUUUUGGCAGACUUCCGGCACUUUAGCUACACCAUACCGAGCGUACGCGGCAUGGUGAUCCAUCUUGAGGAUCACAAAACGAGUAUACUGAUACCGCGCAAUCGGUACGAACAGAUGGUAAAGGUGGUGGACGGUUCGAGCGAGCAGCUGAUGGCUGUGGGUGGGAAUUUUAGCAAACUGGCCGAUGGACACUUGGUGUGCAUACAGAACACGGAGUCCGGAUGCCCGGAAGCGACACAGUACACGACGCAAGCGAUCGAUAUCGAGAGUCAGCCGCGUAAGGUAACAGGGGCAAGCUUUCUGGUGCUGGAUGGAUCGCUCAAGCCGAACUCGGGCCUGACCGGUAGGUGUACCAUCCUGGAGGAUGGGCUGCGGGUUUUGAUACCGCCGGUGAAGUUGCAGCUCGUGAAGGAAGCGCUGAAGGCGAUGAAAGAUUAUCAAAUCGUUUGCGGACCAACCGAGGGAGACGACAGCCAGAAGGAGCUGGUGUCGAUCGAAUGGACGUCGAACGAUCUGAACUUUAACAUUGGCGUUACUUCAUGUAUCGAUCGGAAAGCGUUCGACGGUGUGCCCAGCAUACGGGUACACCGGGGAACGGAUUACUCCAACUCGAAUCACAUCAUCCGCUGGACGGAAGUUUUUAUUCUGAAGGGAGACGAAGAAUCUAACAAUCCCGGUGACCCGAUCAACAUGUCGAAGGUUUCGGAAACGGUUGCCAAAACGGCUUGCAAGGCACUGAUCGAGUAUCUCGACCUACUGGCAUCAAACGGUCAUACCAAAAUCGCUCUACGGAUCAGUUCCAACCGUGGUGAGAUGGCGUACGUAGCGGGCAGUGGUGGCAAUGCACUCGCUCCACUGUAUUCAAAUGUGUUGGGACAAGCGGUGAUGGAAUUGCUGCAAAGGCAGGCCACGACACUGCAUCUUGACCAGCAUGAUAUUGUAUUCGAACUGAUAUUCCACAUUCUUGACAAGUAAUCCAAAACUGAGCCCAGAACUGAGUGUUAAUGGACGCAAUAUUGGACAAACACACAAUAACCGUCUGCCUACGAUGAGUUUUCGGUGUACGUUGGUUUUGGUUGCGGGUUACGUUACGUUGUUUUCGGAAGACAAGCUUCUACUUUUGUUUUUUUUUUCCUCUAGCGUAACGCUCUGACCCGGCGACCAGAUACGUGGUUAUAGAGUAGGGUACAUGGAAAACAAACAACUUUCGUUCGGACAAAAGCGAAAGUGAGUGAUUGUAGUAUUUGCUUCGAACAAACCAAUUAACCAAGUGCUAGCCCGGGCAGUACAGGAAACGGAGACGAGUCACACAUUCAUCGGGUGCAUAGCAAAACCGAAAGCGAAAGACGGUGGUGACGUGACGUGUGAAGACGCCGGAUAGAAGAGGAAGAAAAAAAAAUGGAAACGUACACACCAGGUGCAUACCGUGAAUUAUAUAGAGUAUAAAGAUUAUACAUAUAUACAUAGAUAUAGAUAUAUAUAUUUCUUAUAUAUAUAGUUAAAAUUAUUGAAAUGAGGAAACAGAAAGCCAGUCACAAGUUUAUUAUGUCAGCUGUUUAUAGGUAGACGGUGGAAGAGGAAUAUUUAUAUAUGAUUUGGAAGUUUUAGUGCCGACAGACAACCGGGUUGACGCAAUAUGGCAGCAAAUGGUAUUUGCAAUGAUAGUUACUACGUUCAGCGGCAAGUUGGCCAAGUUGCAAGCAUGAUAAUAGCAAAUAUAUUAGUGCACACGAGUGCACCACUAUACAACGUA